AUGGCCCACACCACCCCGGCCGAGGAACGCGACGCGAGACCGUCCAUCAGUCCCAGAAGCGUCGCACCGCAGCAUGAUACCGACCCGGUAGACUCAGGCAUUGGCUCGUCAAGCGAGUACGACCAGGAGAACACCGAAGAUCACUUCCUCCACGCCCACGACGACGACUCGUCGUUCACAGAUGAAGGCUACGAUGAAUCCGACGCUUCCUCAUUCCUCUCCUCCAUCCUGUCCGAAGUGCGCCGCGGCGUCGAAAUCGAGGGCCGCAUAUACCCCGCGCAUGGCAAACACGAAUAUGGCAUGCCGAUGGACGAGAAGGAGCUCGAUCGCAAUGACCUCCAGCAUCACAAAUACACGCUCCUGCUAAACGACAGGCUGUACGUGGCGCCCAUUCCGGACAGCCAGCUUGGCGAGCAGAGCAGCAGGAUCCUAGAUCUGGGAACAGGAACAGGCAUAUGGGCCAUAGAUAUGGCGGACAAGUUCCCCAACACCGAAGUCAUCGGCGUGGACAUUGCGCCUACCCAGCCGAACUUCGUGCCGCCCAAUUGCAUAUUCGAAAUCGACGAUGUAGAAGAGGACUGGCCGUACCGACCCAACCACUUCGACUUCGUCCACGGCCGCGACUUGAUGACGGCCGUGAGAGAUUGGCCUCGUCUGAUACAGCAAGCGUACACCCACCUCAAGCCCGGCGGCUGGAUACAGCUCGCCAGCACCAUCCCGGGCGCCCUCUCCGACGACAACACCAUCCCUCCCAACAGCGGCUACGUAGAAGCAGGCCGUCUGUACUUCGAAAUGGCCGAGAAGAUGGGCGCUCCGCUCGACGCCCCGCGCAGCUGGGCAGACCAAAUGCGCGCCGCCGGCUUCACGAAUGUGCAGGACGAAGUAUACAAGCUGCCCAUGGGCCCGUGGCCGCGGUCAAAGAGGCUAAGGACCGUUGGCAAGCUUGAGCAGAUCAUGAUACUGGAUGGCGGAUUUGAGGCGUACAUGCUGAGAGGAUACACGCAGAUCCUGGGCGGGAGGGUAGAGGAUCUGCAAGUCAUUUUGGCGCUCGCCAGGAGAGAGAUUAAGGAUCCGAGCGUGCAUACCUACGUUCUGUUCCAUAUCACAUAUGGCAUGAAACCGCAGGAGCAGUAA